AGCUGGAAUAUUUGAACUAGUGCAAGUCGUUGGGAAUGGGACAUAUGGACAAGUCUAUAAGGGUCGCCACGUGAAAACAGGGCAGCUGGCGGCCAUCAAGGUUAUGAAUGUGACCGAGGAUGAGGAGGAAGAAAUCAAGUUGGAAAUUAAUAUGCUGAAGAAGUAUUCUCACCAUCGGAACAUUGCGACCUAUUACGGUGCUUUUGUCAAGAAAAGUCCAGUAGGUCAGGAUGACCAAUUAUGGUUGGUCAUGGAGUAUUGUGGUGCUGGUUCUGUCACAGAUUUGGUGAAGAAGACGAAAGGGAAUUGCUUCAAGGAAGACUGGAUUGCCUACAUCUGCAGAGAGGUCCUUCGAGGUCUGUCUCACUUACAUGCCCACCAUGUUAUCCAUCGAGAUAUUAAGGGGCAGAACGUGCUGUUGACGGAAAACGCCGAAGUGAAAUUGGUUGAUUUUGGGGUCAGCGCUCAACUGGACCGGACGAUUGGCAGGAGAAACACUUUUAUUGGGACUCCUUAUUGGAUGGCACCUGAAGUCAUUGCUUGCGAUGAAAACCCAGAAUCAACCUAUGACUACAGAAGUGACUUGUGGUCCUUGGGCAUCACUGCGAUCGAAAUGGCUGAAGGAGCUCCCCCUUUGUGCGACAUGCAUCCAAUGAGAGCUCUCUUUCUGAUUCCACGGAACCCUUCUCCGAAACUGAAGUCCAGGAAAUGGUCAAAAAAGUUUCUCAACUUUGUCGACAGUUGCUUGGUUAAAAAUUACAUGCAUCGCCCCGUGACUGAGACUCUGCUCAAACAUUCCUUCAUCAGGGACAUGCAAAAUGAACGCCAAGUACGCAUCUUGCUAAAAGACCAUCUAGACAGGACCAGGAAGAAAAAGGGAGAAAAAGAUGAAACAGAAUAUGAGUACAGCGGAAGCGAGGAAGAAGGGGACGAGUUGAACGAAGACGAAGGAGAACCAAGCUCCAUCGUGAAUCUCCCGGGGGAAUCCACCCUGCGCCGAGAGUUCCUUCGACUUCAGCAAGAGAACAAAUCCCAUUCAGACCCCCCCUGCCUCCAAUCCCUGCAACACCAGCAACAGAAACACCAGGAAAACUACAAAAGGCAGCUUUUGGAAGAGAGGCAGAAGCGCAUCGUGGAGCAAAAACUGCAGAGGAAGAAGUUGGAAGAUCAUCAGAAAAAAGAAGAGCUUCGGAAACAUCUGGACCUGGAAAGGAGAUACCCAGAGAGCAAAGUGGCCGCAGGCAACCUGCCGAAGGAUAAAAGCAGCCAGGACAAGCCGGAGGAGGCGUGGUGCAAAGGGGAGGCGGUCCAACAUGCAGGAAUGCAACAGAGAAAAGCAGACGAAGCAGCUCAGGGGAAGAAGUUUCACCGAACCCUUCCCAAAAACCAGACCCAACUCCUUUCUCUCCAACACGACCACAAGCAGAAGAAUAAGGAGACUCCUAAGAUCCUUAAGCUCGCACAGGGCCCUUCACCAAACUGCUUGAGCCAAGAGGCAGAAAAGAAGCUGCAGAAAAGCUACGGUGUCCAGCCAGACUUCAGCUGGUCAGCUGCCCUCGGCCAGGAGACCAACCCUCACGCAAGGCUGGGCUCUGGCAGUAGUUCCAGCCCGUGUACGCCAGCUUUGCAACGAGCGGCGGUGGCCCAGAAUGAAAACCUCCGAAUGAGUCGGGAUGUGUCUCAUGGCAGUUUGCUAUCUGAUGUCGCUGUCACAUCCUUGAGUCCCAGUCAGGAUGAGGUGUUUUGGAGUCUGUCUCAGACUGAAGAACAACCCCCAAAGGUUCCUCAAAGGACAACCUCUACGUUUUACACCAGGGAUCAGUGUGGGCAACAGAGUUUCCCUUCGAGCUCACAUCAGCCACUCCUGGGGGAUCCGAAAGCGAAAUCCAAUAACAGCUACAAAGAUUUCAAUGGCAACAAGCCAAAGGACUUCAAGUCCCAGCAGAACAGCCAAUUGAUCUCAGAGUCCUCCAGAAUAGACAACAGACAUCUCCAGUCCUGUAAGAAACCUGAAAAUACAUCUCGUUCAGGCCAAAUUUCAAGCCCAGCUUUGUGGAACAAGGAGAAAGUUGGCAGCCAUCUGCUCCGGAAGUCUCUAGAAUAUUCCUCCUCCAGCGACGAAAUCUGCAGCAGCGACGAGGAUGAGGAGGGUGAUGGACACAUAAGGCAACUGCUCGGCAACGGAGUGACCGGCUUCUCAAGGGCAGGAGUUGCUGACGGGAUCGAGCUGAACUCUCCCUGCCUCGUAGCGGAUCGCCAGGAUAAUGCUGCAGGAAAAUAUGGCUGUGACGCUCGUGAAGAACUCUGGAACAUGAACAACCAAAAUUACCUGCUGCCCGACCUCCUCCAACAGAGUCAGAUUCCAGCAAACCAAAUGAAAACUUCUGCUCAAGAACUUCCAAACAAUCCUCCUGCUAACCAGCAGGCACUGAAUGCUGACAGUACCCCUUCCAAAAACAGUUCUUCUUCUACAUCAUCUUUUACAUCCUUCAUUGAUCCUAGACUUCUCCAAAUCUCGCCUCACUCCAGUCCAACUGGACCAAACUGUGGUUCCCCGUCUAAUGUGAAAAUGGAUCCUCCUAGCCGGCAAAAUACAAGAAAAGGUUCUGUGGUCAAUGUGAACCCUACAAAUAUCCGGCCGCAGAGUGACAGCCCCGAAAUCCGCAAAUAUAAAAAGAAGUUCAAUUCUGAAAUCUUGUGUGCUGCGCUGUGGGGGGUCAAUUUACUUGUUGGAUCCGAAAACGGAUUGUGGCUUCUGGACCGGAGUGGACAAGGUCGAGUUUAUUCCUUGAUCAGUCGGAGACGCUUUCAACAGAUGGACGUGUUGGAAGGAUUGAACGUGCUAAUUACCAUCUCAGGCAAAAAGAAUAAGCUACGGGUAUAUUAUCUGUCUUGGCUACGAAACAAGAUUCUGCGGAACGAUCCCGAUGUGGAGAAGCGACAAGGCUGGGUCUCGGUGGGCGAUCUAGAAGGCUGUGUACACUACAAAGUUGUGAAAUACGAGAGGAUCAAGUUUCUGGUGAUUGCCGUGAAGAAUUCGGUCGAAGUCUACGCUUGGGCUCCCAAGCCAUAUCACAAAUUUAUGGCUUUUAAGUCUUUCACCUCGCUUUCUCAAAAACCACUCUUGGUUAAUUUGACUGUGGAGAACGGGCAGCGGCUGAAAGUUACUUAUGGGUCAGCCGUAGGAUUUCAUGCCAUUGACGUGGACUCUGGCUCGGUGUAUGACCUAUAUUUGCCGACACAUAUCCAGGGAAAUAUUCAUCCGCACGCUAUUAUCAUUCUCCGGAACACCAACGGGAUGGAACUUCUACUGGCUUAUGAAGAUGAAGGAGUCUACCUUAACAUCUAUGGGCACUUCUCCAAAGAAAACAUUUUGCAGUGGGGAGAAAUGCCCACAUCAGUAGCUUAUCUUCAGUCCAAUCAAGUGAUGGGCUGGGGUGAGAAAGCAAUUGAACUGCGUGCUGUGGAAACGGGAUGUCUGGAAGGCGUGUUUAUGCACAAGAAAGCUCAGAAGCUGAAAUUUCUCUGCGAAAGGAACGAUAAGGUAUUCUUUGCAUCGGUUCAGUCUGGGGGCAGCAGCCAAAUUUACUUUAUGACACUGGGCCAAAACAUCCUGUUCAACUGGUGAAUCGCUUUGGAAUGAAACUCCUAUUUGACCUUCCCCAGUUUCUGCGAGCCAUCAAAAGCUGAAGUUGUCCAUUUCAGAAGUUGUCCCUUUGUUCCUGCAACAAAAAGGAAA